UCCCGCCACAGCCCCUUCUAGGGAGGCCGCCCGGUUUGGGAAGAUUCCCAGGAGUCUCCCCCGUCCCUUGGGGAGCAGCUGAGGACCGGGAGGUGCACCCGUGGGCCGAAAAGCGCUUUGAGAUUGAGGCCGACUUCGAGGACCAAGCCUCCCCUCAAACCAUUUUACAGAUGGGAAAACUCGCGACCCAGAGAAGGGAAACACUCGACCAGGUCACCCCUCGGCUAAGAGCGGAAGCCCGAAACGGAGUUUUUUCCGGGAAGAUGGGAGUGCACGUCCGCACAGUCCAUGCGGGAGCUGUGGCCGAAGCCCUGCACUAACAGUGCUGACCAGGGGAUCGAGACCGCGUGGAAGCCUGGACUCUUCCUUGCCUCAGUUUCCCCAGCACUACCUCUGGUGGGGGACGGGAGACGAGGCAACUGGCCAAACGGGCUUCUGCCAAGACCCUCCUCGCGCCUCCCCAAGUCUGAUCGAGGUUCCUUUAGCGAGCUACCUCCCGGCCCUUUAAAAUCCGGCCCUCCCGUUCGAGCCUCUCGGCGUUCCAUUGGAGAGACUCCAGGGUCCCGGUCCCUGCUCUGGCAUGAACUGCUCAGACUACCGCGGGAGCGGCCCUGGAACUGCUAACUGCGCAGGCGCAAGAGCAGCCCACCCGGAAGGCGGAAAACCCCGGUUCCAGCAGCGCCGGGAGGGUCGGGGGCGGAGAGUGUGUCAGCCAAUGACCUGAAGGAGCAAGGAGGGCGGGAUCAGGCCCGCAGUUGCUAAGCGCUACCCCAGUGGGAGGUGACCUAAGAUAUGGGGUGAAGGGUGGUUCAAUGGCCCUUCACGUCACCACCCUUCUGGCCCUCGGAAGUUGAGCAACGGUGAGGCGGGCCUAGGACCGGAAGCAGGAAGGAGGGCGCAGGAAGCAGGGUGCUGCAGCCCGUCGUACAGUCGGUCCGUGUGUCUGUCGGUCCCGAGGGCAGGAUGGAGAAGCUGCGGCUUCUGAGCCUCCGCUACCAGGAGUCGCUUCGCCGAUUCGCACGAGCUGUCGGAGCUGGUGUACUCUGCCUCUAACCUGCUCGUGCUGCUCAACGAUGGCAUCCUGCGGAAAGAGCUUCGGAAAAAGUUACCUGUGGUGAGAAUUCCAUCGGGAGCUGCGGGCGGGAAGCACAGGGACUAAGAGUGAAGGAGUAACCAGCAGCCCACGUAUGUAGCAUGGGCUGUGGUCUCAAAGCGUGAGACGUGCCUCCGUCCGUCUGAGUUUCAAGCCAUCUCGUUAGGUGAAGGAGCGAGUUGUCAGUGCCCCUCUGAUGAAGAGACUGAGUUUCAGAGACAUCGAGUAGCAGGUCCCACCUGGAGAACUCAGGCCUGCACUUACAGUUCUAGGGGAAAAGUCCACUCCUCCUGUCAGGCUUCCUAGGGGGGAGGGCCUGGGGCAGCCCCCCACCCCCGAACCCUGACCUCUGGGCCUGGGGUCCUUGCAGCCUCUGUCCCAGCAGAAGAUGCUGACAUGGCUGAGUGUGCUGGAGUGCGUGGAGGUGUUCAUGGAGAUGGGGGCCGCCAAGGUGUGGGGUGAAGUGGGCCGCUGGCUCGUCAUCGCCCUCAUCCAGCUGGCCAAGGCUGUCCUGCGGAUGUUCCUGCUGAUCUGGUUCAAGGCUGGCCUCCAGACCUCACCCCCCAUCGUUCCGCUGGACAGGGAGACCCAGGCACAGUCCCCAGAUGGCAACCAGAGCAGUGGCAGCCAGGAGCAGUCAUACGUGGGGAAGCGGUCAAAUCGAGUGGUACGAACCCUCCAGAAUACUCCCUCCCUGCACACGAGGCACUGGGGAGCCCCCCAGCAGCGGGAGGGACGACAGCAGCAACAGCGCGAGGAGCUGAAUGUUCCCCCGACCCCACUGGGGCUGCAGGAGACCAUCGCCGAGUCCUUGUAUAUUGCCCGGCCCCUGCUGCACCUCAGUGCUCAGCCUGGGCCUGUGGGGUCAGCGGUCGUGGACACCCUGGCUCCUGUCCGGCGUCGUGGACGUGACCAGCCUGAGCCUUCUGAGCGACAGGAAGGGCCUGACCCGGAGGGAGCGGCUGGAGCUACGGCGCCGGACCAUCCUGCUGCUCUACUACCUGCUGCGCUCCCCAUUCUACGACCGCUUCUCCGAGGCAAGGAUCCUCUUCCUGCUCCAGCUGCUGACAGACCACGUCCCGGGCAUUGGCCUGGUCGCAAGGCCACUCAUGGAUUACUUGCCCACCUGGCAGAAGAUUUAUUUCUACAGUUGGGGCUGACACAUCCCGGGAGUGGGUGCAGGGAGGGGCAGGGCGGCACGUUCUGCUGCUGUGGGCAGGGGGUGCCUGGGCCGUUCAGUUCCCCGGGGCCCCUUUGCCCUAAUAAAACUGACUGGCAGCGCCCGAGCAUGUGGCCUCUCCAUGCCCGCCGCCCAGGGCUCCCAGCACCCCGCCUGGCCAGCAGAGCACCCCCCUGACGACCUCGACUUUUCACCCUUGGGUGAUGGAGCUGCUACUGCUCGCACUUGUCCCUGGGCCGAGAAGUCUCCAUCAAGACUGGGACCUGGGCUCCUCUGGCCACAGAAACCUGG